AUGACCACUGCUCACAGGAAGCUGACUUCUCAGCCAAUAACAGUACAAGAUGCAGGUGUGAGAUUAGCAGGCGUUUGUUCCAGGGCAACACUAACAAACAUGAUAUAGGCCUGAAAUAACAACCUAUUUUUGCAUGUGUACUGUAAGCUUUCGAGUUUCACAGAUUUGUAUUUAUCCUGGGGUAGGCAUUCAGUCUUAUUAGUCUUCUCCAAGCUAUGUAUUUACCUGACAAUGUGCCCUAGGCUUGUAGAAUGUAGGUAAAUAAUGCAAGUGACUUCAAUGGCUAAUUUCUCUGAACAGGGAAAAAAAACAUCACCAGAUUCACAGGGAAUAUAUUGCAAAGGAUGAAGAAGCAAUAGGCGUACUCCAAGCAGCAGCUCCAUACUAGUCAGACAUAGGGAACUGUUACUGUAUACUGGUUGUUGCGGUGGGAUUGGUGUGGGGGUCCGUGGGUGGCUUUUGAUAAUUGGAUUGGAUUCCUCAUGGCUUACUCAUCGUUUGGAAGAUUUUUGGCCCAAAUCCGAUGUUAGGUAUUAUAUUUAUUGAAGAUGAUAUGAAUCCUAUAAAUUAAAAGGGCCAAUUUAGGUGCAAUCAAUUAGCUUAAUUUCUCAGAUGAAAUUAUAUUUCAACAAAGUAAUGUUUCAGGAAUGAUAAUCUUAUUUGUUUCUAACUACAGAAACAAUUGCAAUGUUAUCAUUACAGAGGAACAGAAUGUGCUGUCCCUAGUUUGCCUUAGUUUCUCUGUACAGAUUUAAAGUUGGCCCAUCGGACAGUGAGAGUUAACCAAUCAAGAGUGGUGAUGAUGUAGGCCUACACUGGCUCACUGUCCGAUGGGCUAACUUUAAAUCUGUAAGGUCCACAAGGUGUGCACUGUGCAGGCUUCUGUUCUAGCCCAGUUAACACACCUAUAGCCUUCUAGCCUAUGAAGCACGUGGUCAUUUGAAUUAAUACUGACCAGAACAAAAACCCUGUAGCUUUCCAGGAUUGUAGAGCAAUGAGUGGUGUAACACUCCUAUUAGGGGGUCCAGGGUACUGUAGGGGCUCAGUUCCACCAGCUCUAUUGUGUUGGUGCCCCUGCCCUGUGUGAGAGAGCCAACAGUAGGCUGCUGUGUGUUCGACUAGGCAACCGUUAGCUACAGCUUGGAGCAGAGCGCUUCACUGCAUCUCUCAGUGAACUGGGAUAAACUGAUUGGCCCCUCCCCUGCCGUCUCAUUGGAUGGCUGGCCUGCACGGAAUGGGCUGGCCAAGGAACGAAUGUUCUGAGCUGGAUGAUGAGAUCACUCUCACACUACUGUUCAUGCACUGCGACUGCACACAAACAUGAACACACACACAUACACACUGAGUAUUUACUCAGCUUCUCUUCUUAAGCAGAUGCAGAUAUGUUUCCAGCCCAGCCUAGUCUGCUGUAGCCUGAGGUGAACUGGCUGGUUGACCUAGAAAGCACCUUUUAUAAUGCUGGGCUGAACAUUACUUUGUGCUAAAGAGGCUUUCAAGGCUCUUUCAGGGCUAAUUUCCACAGACCCACUCAGUGCUGCCUGGUCAAGCAGUCUUAGUCUAUUGUUGUUAGUGUAAGACGCCUUGCAGGGGGUGAGGGAGUUUACAGCCGCCAGCUACUCUCUGUCAGUGUGGCUGCAAGCACUGAAAUGUUUCUGUGGGGAAUGGGAAUUCUCCCAUAGGGUCGUUUUUGUCUAGACUUUUGUCUGUCUCUCUCUCUCUCUCUCUCUCUUUCUUAAUUUCUCUGAAUUCUCUGUCUCCUUUUCUCUCCCCUACUCAGAGUUCACCAUUUUCUCAUGCUGUACUUUUCUGAUCAUUUGUGGCACUCUGCCAUUGUGCACCAGUUAUUGUUUAAGAUAUUGUGUGUCAAUGAAACUACAGUAAUGUGGAUAAAUGAAGGUUAAACUAAAUUACCCUCUAACUAGGAUUGUGAAGUACCAGUAGCCUAUACCCGAUUUUUCCAUGGCAACAACAAAAACACGAAGCAGACCAAACCUUUUGGUCCUUUUGUCAAAUAUUGUGUGCCAUAGCUUGGAAAAUAAACAAAUGUGACUGGGUGACCGCAAAAUGAUAUUUGUUUCCAACAUUAGGACUUUUUUCCUCAAUAAAUGAAAUCCGCCUCGUGUUUUGUUUCCUUGCCACGAUACUUCUGAGCAGGGAUUGACAUUAAAGUCUGAAAAGCACUUGCAAGUCAGGAGUAUUUUUUUUGGGUUGCCCGAAAAUGAUAAUUAGCUAUUUUACAUGCAGAAGUGCCAUAUAUUGCCUGCCUUUCACCUACACAUAGGCGAGGACUCAGAAACAUCAGCACGGGAAUUCUUUGUAUUUUUGUUAUCAGUCAAAUACAUUCUCAGAGCAGGCUCAACUAGCCUGACUGCCAUAAAGCCUUCACUUUAAACAAUGGGAGGAACCAGAAAGAUCAGUUUUAGACUACUGGAAUUCUUUGUAGUUUAACAAAAAAAUAAAUAAUAUAUAUAUAUCACCUGCCCAGUUGGGAAACCUCAGAACAUGCUCAACUUCCGCGACUGCUCAGUUCACUUGCCCCAGGUAAUAGGGCAACCCUUUAUGUCAAUCCCUGCUUCUGAGUAUCGCGAUACUGGUAUCUUCUCAACCCUACAUCUAACCCAAUCUCUCGCUCUUCUCCUCUCUUCUCUCCUCCCACAGUAGCCCUUUAUUCCCAGGAUGGAUGAGAUUGUUGUAGCCGGGAUAUCGGGCCGGCUUCCUGAGUCGAACAACCUCGAGGAAUUCUGGGAAAACCUCUUCAAUGGGGUUGACAUGGUAACAGAAGAUGACCGAAGGUGGAAGUCAGGUGAGCCCCCGUGACCUUUCCAUGACCUGGAUGUGAUUAUGACCCAUAAACAUUAGACAUGUUUUUGCUGUUUUUUUAUUUUAUUCUUUGAACUCUGAAAGCUUUGAAAAUUUCAGACUGACACACAAGCUACCUUGCAUCACAGUGUAAUCUGCACUGUAAACUGAUGAGUAGCUCAUUGUAUCAUAAAUUGGGUUGCAGAUUUGAACCCAAACACACAUUGUAAUCAAUAUUUCAUUUGAAGAUCUGCCAUAAAUGAGGUGGGUGUACUGCCUAGUCAUGGAAUGUUACAUCCACCACAUGAUAGGAAAUGACGGGAAAUGCCUCCCUUCCCUAGAAGAACAUUCUGACCAAAGACCUGGUUAGCUGUAGUUUGCUUUGCAUCACCAUCAAUAUGGGCAGGUUAAUGAGUAAAAUGCUGAAUGCGCCCUCCAGUCUUUACUGGCCCGUUCAGUCAGUCACUACCAAUGAUUUUUAUAUAUAUAUAAUGUACCUAGAUGGUUGAUAGGGGGCGCUGUGUUGAAGACACCGUGCCGCCAUCUUGGCACCCCCACCAUUGUAAAAAAUAUUUUGGAAGCUAUAGAAAUUCAUUUAUUAAUGUCUACAUUCAUUUUUGCCACGUAUUAUUUUACAGACACCUUAAUGUACACUGAUUAUACCAAACAUUAGGAACACCUUCCUAAUAUUGAGUUGCACCUCCCCCCCCCCCUUUUGCCCUCAGAACAGCCUCAAUUUGUUGGGGCAUGGACUCUACAGGGUGUCGAAAGCGUUCCACAGGGAUGCUGGCCCAUGUUGAAUCCAAUGCUUCCCACAGUUGUCAAGUUGGCAGGAAGUCCUGUUGGUGGUGGACCAUUCUUGAUACACACAGGAAACUGUUGAGCAUGAAAAACCCAGCAGUGUUGCAGUUCUUGACACGAACCGGUGCGCCUGGCACCUACUACCAUACCCUGUUCAAAGGCACUUCAAUAUUUUGUCUGACCCAUUCACCCUCUGAAUAGCACACAUACACAAUCCAUGUCUCAAGGCUUAGAAAUCCUUCUUUAACCUGUCACCUCCCCUUCAUCUACACUGAUUGAAGUGAAUUUAACAAGUUAAAUCAAUAAGGGAUCAUAGCUUUCACCUGGAUUCAUCUUGUCAGUCUAUGUCAUGGAAAGAGCAGGUGUUCUUAAUAUUUUCUAUACUCUGUGUAUAAUUUUUUAUUAUGUGAGCUAAACAUAAAAAAUAAAAAGAUAAACGUUUUAAAGUGUAGUUUAUUUUGGAUAACUAAUGUUAUUGUCCCCACUACAACAAAAACAUACUUAAAUACAUUUAAUUUAGUCCUUGAAACAUUUAUUUGAAAUACUGUAGAAUUCCAUUAAUUCCUAUAGGGGACUGCUCCUACCAAUAUGGCUGACCGGUGGCUUCAAAGCCUCUCAAUGGCAAUCCAGAUGUUAUACACAUCAUUGGUCACUACCCACAUGAAGUAAACCACAUGAACCGUACUCGUACUCGUUCUGGCUCUGCCUAAUUCACUCCCUAUUUUGUUUCUUGCUCUGUGUCUUCCUCUUUCUUUCCUCUUUCUUUUUCUGCCUUUCUCCCCAUCUUUUUCUUUUUAGCCCUGUCUCACCUUCCUAGCUCUCUCUCUCUCUCUCUCUCUCUCUCUCUCUCUCUCUCUCUCUCUCUCUCUCUCUUCCUCCCUCGUUUGCUUGGUUUUUCUCUCUCUCUCCUCGCUUUCGUCUCUGUGUGAAUAGCACCUCUCAUCAGUCAGUGCCUGGCAACCAGCUAAAGCUCGCAUUCAUGUGCUAAAAGGCCCCGGGCGAGCGGCGCCCCUAAGAUCACACACCACAGGAGAGGAAAAAGCAGGGACAGAGGGAGGGAGGAGAGAAAAAGGAGUGGAGAAAAGAAGAGAGGAGAGGAAAGGGCCUUGUUUGCAGUCUGCAUAGAAAUACUAAGAGGGAGGAAUAGUACUGCUUUAGAUCUGUGUGUAAAACUAUUACAUUAAUACAUUUACUAUAACAUUCAUGUCACAUUCAUCUGGGGGAAUUGUUCAGGUUAUCCAGUCAGUGACUACAGGUAAAACACAUGCUGUCUGGGAAACCCAGUGAUCCGGUUAUUUAUCCCUCAAUGCUCCACGUGUCAUUCCCUUUCCCAGGUCUGUACGGUCUUCCCAAGAGGAACGGCAAGCUGAAGGACAUCAGCCGGUUCGAUGCUGCGUUCUUCGGGGUCCACCCCAAACAGGCCCACACCAUGGACCCCCAGCUACGCCUCAUGCUGGAGAUCGCCUACGAAGCCAUUGUAGACGGAGGUGAGGAGAGGGGUGAUGAGAGAUGGAUGGAUGAGUAGAUGUGUAUAGAUACAUUUUAUUUGGAGAACUGUGUAAAGAUACCAAGUAAAAUGUAUUUGUUUAUUUGGAUCCCCAUUAGCUGUUACUAUCACAACCGCUACUCUUCUUGUCAUCCACACAUUAGAUUAGAUUACCCACAUGUCACAAAGUUCAUGUUUUAACGUUCAUAGACCUGUGUGUGAGAUUCAUUUAUGUAAUGUGUGUGUACAGGUCUGAAUCCGACGGAGCUGCGUGGCAGCAGGACAGGCGUCUACAUCGGGGUGAGCGGCUCGGAGGCGGGCGAGGCCUUCAGCAGAGACCCUGAGGAGUUGCUAGGAUACAGCAUGACGGGCUGCCAGCGUGCCAUGUUCGCCAACCGACUCUCCUACUUCUUUGACUUCAACGGUAUGAUCUCAUCUAGCACAGCUGUGGGUUCUCUCAAGCAGUUUUGUCACAUGGUAUCAAUUGUCUUAAAAAAGAUAAUCAAUCCCUAACUCAACAUUCUCCCGCCCUUCUCUUUUCUUGCCAUCUCUCUGUCCCUCCAGGCCCCAGCACAGCCAUCGACACCGCCUGCUCCUCCAGCCUAUUGGCUCUGGAGAAUGCCUUCAACGCCAUUCGCCACGGCCACUGUGACGCCGCCCUGGUGGGCGGGGUCAACCUGCUGCUCAAGCCAAACACCUCUGUGCAGUUCAUGAAGCUGGGCAUGCUCAGUCCGGAAGGAACCUGCAAGUCCUUUGACUCCUCAGGUAAGAGAAGGAGAGACCUGGGUCGUGUUCAGAAAAUCGCAAUGUACAGAACUAAAUGUUGUAGACAAAAUGCUUCUCAUGCUGAAAGCACACCCACAUACAGCAGCACUAUUUCCUGGUCUGACCCUGAAAGCACACUAACGUUACUUCCUGGUGCGCUCCUCUCUGUGUUCCCCCAGGAAACGGGUACUGCCGUUCGGAGGCUGCGGUGGCUGUAUUUUUGACCAGACGUUCCAUGGCUAAGAGGGUGUAUGCCACAGUACUCAACGCUGGUAACAACACUGACGGAUACAAGGAGCAGGGUGAGACUACACCCCAUUAUAUUACACCACUGAGGGUACCUGCCGUGUCUGGAAUGAAACCCUAGGCCUCUAUCCCCAAGGCACUGAGAGGCAGACCUCCCAAACCUAGGAUGGUUUCCUGGUCUGAUAUACAUCUCUAGCCCCUACCCCUUAACAUUUCUCCCAGAUCUAUAAGGAUUUGAUGAUUGUAAGUAACAUGGUUAUAUUUCUGCCUAAUCCUCUGGUAGGUUACAUACGGUUUCCACUAUAUUUCUCACACCAGCGUGUGGCCUGGCUUACCUAUGUGUCCUGUACUGUAAAUGCCAAGCAGUAACCCAGUAGAAACUUUAUUUUCGUGGAGAAACAAUUCCCUUGGCCAUUCAGUUGCAUUUCCCAUAAUGUAUUUUGGCCUAUUGCCCAAUAGGUUGUGAGGCCUCACUGACCCACUAUGACACACCUCUUGGAGAAAUAACACCACUUUUUAAGUCCUGCUACACAAGACACUUAACUUUUUUAGAGUGUGAGACGCUCCUAUUAAUUUAAAUGAAACCUGGGCAUAAGCAGCAUGGAUCCACGAGAGGCUUGCGUUACUCAGCGUAAAAUUACACUAUGGUUCUAUUUUCAAGAAUUUGAUGCGUGACUCAUGCCCGAGAACACUUGAUAAAUUAGUGUCUCUGCUCACGCUGGCAAAAAGUCCAGUGUAACAGCUAAAAACAUACUGUUUUCCUGACGCCCCAGUGUAGCUCCCCUGUAAUCUGUGUUUGUGGUGUAAUCUAGCUAAUACCCGGGCAUUGGCAGCUCCAACUUUUUUUGAAAUAUAGACCUAUUAAUGUGAUAUAAUCGACACACACACACACAGUAACCUUUCCCCCAAUCACUCCUCACACACUUAGCGCUGCAGCCCUGUGUUGAUAUACGACCUUGCUGAAGAGGGGGACGCAUUCUCUGGAGUGUAACACUGGAACACACACAGCUAGCAGUGUUUUAGGAUGUUCUAUACCACAUUUCACCCCCAUGGUCCCAUGCCCCCCUCCCUCUGCUCUAGCAAGUUUGUCUGUCUUUCUGUCACACACAACAAUAAACACACUCCCAGACUGGUGAUCCAGUCACAGCAUACCAGCCUGAUGUAUUUAUCAGUACAUUUGAAGUGGACAACUCUCUUGGAUGACUAAGGUACCAGGGCACCAUGUGCUAAUGGCCCCGUAAACAGUGACAUUGCUCUUAGCCACUCUAGGGUGACAUUUCCCUAGGUACAGAUCUAGGAUCAGCUUCCCCUCCAUCAAUCCUAGCCUUUACCAUUAGUGCAGAAAAUGCUAAACUGACCCGAGAUCAGCGUCCAGGGGGAACCUUACCCUUCACCGCUCUUAGCCACUCAUGGUACUGCACGUCGGUGACAUUUGUUAUACAAGAUUACAUAAAAGUCCUCUAUGAAUGGCUACAAAAUAAUUGUUUAAAUUCAGUGAUGUAUUGAUUGGUGUGUUCUUCCCAGGUGUGACAUUCCCCUCAGGUGAGAUGCAGCAGCGGCUGGUACGUUCUCUCUACCAGGAGGUCAACAUCACACCUGACCAGGUGGAGUACAUCGAGGCCCAUGGCACCGGGACCAAGGUGAACACACACACACACUCUCUCUCUACCACACUUGAUUCAUUAUUGUUGGAUCAUAUCACCACCACACCCAAUAACGUAAUGUUCCAGAAUGUUCUGUGGAAGGUGUUCUGUCACAUUCCUCCCCCUGAUACAGCUGGUUCCUCAGUAUAUGUUUCCCCUGGUGACCUCAGUCCUUUCUCCUUCCAGGUCGGCGACCCGCAGGAAGUGAAUGGCAUUGUCAGUGUGUUCUGUCAUUCAAAGCGUGACCCACUGCUCAUUGGCUCCACCAAGUCCAACAUGGGCCACCCAGAGCCUGCCUCUGGCCUGGCUGCGCUGGCCAAAGUAAGAACUGGAAUGGUCUGGGCUAACCUCUAGAACACCUUUUUGUCCUGUACAAAGUCCCAAUAUGUGCAAGCUUUUGGCGAAGCCCAGCACUAACACACCGCUCUCCUUUCUUUCUUUCUUUCUUUCUUUCUUUCUUUUUUCCCAGGUUGUGUUAUCUCUGGAGCGGGGUGUGUGGGCUCCCAACAUCCACUACAACAGCCCCAACACAGACAUCCCUGCCCUUAGUGACGGCCGCCUCCGCGUCGUCAAUGAGCCCAUACCAGUCCGCGGUGGCAUCGUUGGCAUCAACUCCUUCGGAUUUGGCGGCUCUAACGUUCACGUGAUCCUCCGCCCCCCUGGUUUCAACAUGCCAAAAACCUUCAAAGCGCCCCCCAAGACCCCCUCUGAGUCCUCUCAAGUACCCAGGCUCCUUCAGGCCUGUGGGCGCACAGAGGACGCUGUCUCCGUCCUCCUCAGGAAGGGGAAGGAACACUCAGGCGAUGACAACUUCCUGUGUCUGCUGAACGAGGUGUCCGGGGUGCCCACGGCGGGGAUGCCCUACAGGGGCUACGCUCUGAUUGGCUCCAAGGAUGAUGUCACAGAGGUGCAGAAGACUGAAGCCACACCCAGACCGCUGUGGUACAUCUGCUCAGGUAAGUGAGAGGAUGGGUUAGGAGAGAAGUGAAGAAGUUGCACCAGGGUCAGAUACAGAGUUUCUUAAAUCCUCAGCCUAAUGGUUAGUGUUAGGAUUGGGGGCAGGUUAAUGUGAUCCAGGAUCUGUGGUUAAGGGCAACUUCUACCUCGAAUGAUGAAAGCAGAGGUUUAAGAGAAAGGUGUGUGUUAACACUUGUGUGUAUCUCUCAGGUAUGGGCACCCAAUGGGGUGGGAUGGGCCGCAGUCUGAUGCAGCUGCCAGAGUUCAGGGAGUCCAUCUUGCGUUCGGACAUGGCAUUGAGGGACACAGGGAUGUGUGUGUCCAGUCUGCUCAUGGAGGCCGAUGAGAGCACCUUCGAGGACACCGUCCAAGCCUUCGUAGGCCUUGCUGCCAUACAGGUACAGUGGAGCAGCCAUCUUAACUAAGGGCAAAUCACAAUUUUUACAGAGAGCGGGACACCAUUUUAACUAAGAGUGGGUGGGGAAUGGCACUGAAACCAAAAGGCUAUGGAAAUAGGACUGUAUUGUCCAUUGUUUGCGCAGACAAAGAGCACACAAUGCCUCUGACAUAUCGAAGGCAAUCAUGAAGAUGACCAUUAAAAAUAUGCAUGCAUGACUGUAAGUCGCUUUGGAUAAAAGCGUCUGCUAAAUGGCUUAUUAUUAUUAUUAUUAUUAAGAUGGUCCUGUAUGGCUCAGUUGGUAGACCAUGGCGCUAGCAACGCCAGGAUUGUGGGUUUGAUUCCUGGGGCCACCCAUACGUAAAAUGUAUGCACGUGUGACUAAGUCGCUUUGGAUAAAAGCGUGUGCUAAAAGGCAUAUAUUAUAUUUAUAUUAUUGUAGUAUGCUCGUAAAGCUAACCGCUGUCUGUCUGUCCCCCUCUCAGAUCGCCCAGAUUGACCUGCUCCAGAAGCUGGGUCUGCAGCCGGACGGCAUUGUGGGCCACAGUGUGGGAGAGCUGGCCUGUGGCUACGCAGACGGAUCCCUCAGUCACAGUGAGGCUAUCCUGGCAGCCUACUGGAGAGGGAGAUCCAUCAAGGAGGCUAACCUGCCCCCCGGGGGCAUGGCUGCAGUCGGUAAGGACCAAAAACAGAGUGUCUGUGUGUGUGUUGAUUUUGAAUUGCCGGCUACCACCCGGUACUCUACACUGCACCUUAGAGACUGCUGCCCUAUGUAUAUACAGCCAUUGAACACUGGUUACUUUAAUAAUGUUUAUAUACUGUUUCACCCACUUUAUAUGUAUAUACUGUAUUCUAGUCAUGGCUCAGCCUAUAUAAUAAAAAAAAUAUAUAUAUCUGGAUUAUCUGUGUAUAGUUUUUUUAAAUUUUUUAUUGCUAGGUAUUGCUGCACUGUUGGAGCUAGAAACUCAAGCAUUUUGCUGCACCUGCGAUGACAUUGCAAAUCUGUGUAUCAACCAAUACACUUUUAUUUGAUUUGUACUCAGUGAUCCACUUUAUUUCUCAACCUCUCACCCCCCCCCUCCCCCUUCUCAGGGCUGACAUGGGCAGAGUGUAAGGCUCAGUGUCCUCAGGGUGUGGUUCCAGCCUGUCACAACGCUGAAGACACCGUCACCAUCUCUGGCCCUGCGGUAACACAUUUUGGUCCAAAUCCUUGCAAUUGUAUCUAUCAAUAGCUUUAUGCAUUAUUUUAAAGACCCUUUUUAUACUAUACUAUUGAGACCAAUUCUGUCUGUAAACUACAUUUUAUCCUGUAAAAAACCAUGAGCCUGAAACUGACACGGUGCACUUCUUUUCUGUAUGCAGGAGGCAGUGAGUAAGUUUGUAGCAGAGCUGAAGGAGAGUGGUGUGUUUGCCAAGGAGGUUCGUAGUGCUGGUGUAGCCUUCCAUUCUUACUACAUGGCCUCCAUCGCUCCCGCCCUGCUUGGCCGCUCUCAAGAGGGUAAGGCAACGUUUAUGACUGUGUGGCUCAGUCCAAAACCUAACACUUUAAAAACUUUUCAAUUUUUUCACGAGGGCAAUUGAAACUAAGUGCAUGAAUUGAAAAAUCCUCAUACACUAGAGAAAAACAGACUGCUUUCCACCUGCCUGUGAAUUGAAUUUCAGGUCAUCUGCCAAAUAUACCAAAUCCCCAUCUCCUCUCGCUCUCCUCCCCCUUUGUAGGUGAUCAAGGAGCCUAAGCAGAGGUCUGCCAGGUGGAUCAGUACAUCUAUCCCCCAGAAGGACUGGGACAGCACGCUGGCUCUGUACUCCUCAGCAGAGUACCAUUGUAAUAACCUGGUCAGUCCUGUCCUCUUCCAAGAGGGCCUGAGCCUGGUGCCUGAUAACGCUGUGGUGGUGGAGAUAGCGCCACACGCUCUGCUGCAGGUUAGUUUAGAAGCUCUAGAAACACACACACACAGGAGGAGAUGGCUCCACUCAUUCACUACUGCUGCGAAUACACAAACACACAGUGUCACAAUGUGACAAUUUUCACACACACCAACCUCUGACAAAAAUGCAGUGUACUUGUCCUCAUUAGUCUCUGUGUGAAACCUUGCUGUCUGUCUCCCUCUGCAGGCGAUCCUGAAGCGCAGCCUGAAGCCAACGUGUUCCAUCCUGCCCCUGAUGAGGAGAGGUCAUGCCAACAACCUGGAGUUCUUCCUCUCGCACAUUGGCAAGGUCUACAUGAACGGGUCAGUACCUGCUACUGACAUGACACGCAACUGAUGCUGUUCUAUUCUCAAAACCUACUUUAGUUUAAACACACAGCUUUAACUGGUGUUGUUGUGCAUAUUAUUUUCCCAAUACUGCAAGAUGGCCUUCCGACCUAGCUUUGCCAUUCGUUUGCCAACUCUGUUAGCCCCUAGUACAAGCUAAACAUGCAUGUAAAAUGUUUAGUUUUGAGUCCUAGAAAAGCUAUAUUUGGGUCAGAUGUCUCAAUAGCAAGCAUCUCUCAUUUGUGUCCAGGAUCAAUGUGGACAGUAAGCAGCUGUACCCGCGUGUGGAGUACCCGGUGCCCGUGGGCACCCCUCUGAUCUCCCCCCUGGUGCAGUGGGACCACGCCCAGACCUGGGACGUACCCAAGGCUGAGGACUUCCCUGCUGGUUCUGGAGGGUCCACCUCAGCUACCAUUUAUAACAUUGGUGAGAGACAUACAUACACCAAUACAGUAUACAGAAUACACAUUCACACAAACUUGUACACACACACACACACACACACACACACACACACACAGAGACAAUAACAUAUUUGAUCUCCUCUCCCCCCAGACAUGAACCCAGAGUCUCCAGACUACUAUAUGAUUGGCCACUGCAUCGACGGGCGUGUCCUGUACCCGGCGACGGGUUACCUGGUGCUGGCCUGGAGGACCCUGAUGAGGAGCUUGGGUGUUGUCAUGGAAACCACCCCUGUCACCUUUGAGGAUGUCACCAUCCACAGGGCCACCAUCUUACCCAAGACCGGUGAGGGAGGGACGGACGAAGAAGGGAGGGGAAGAAUUUGAUCAUGGGUUGUCAGUCACAAUCUUGUCACAUCAUGGGUUGUCUGUUUGGGUUGUAAAUAUUUUGCUGUGGUUCAUUUCUGACCUUUCUUCAAUGUGCUUUGUCUCUCUCUCUCCCUUUCUUUUCUCUCUUACUCCUUCCCCUCUUCUCUCUAUCAGGUUCAGUCCAGUUGGAGGUGCGUCUCAUGCCCGCCACCAGUCGGUUUGAGGUCUCUGAGAACGGCAACCUGGCUGUCAGUGGUACGUAUACUUUAUACUCUCCUAUAAGCAUCCAAGAUAAAUGUUUGAUAUGUAAAGCAGGAUUUACAUGCUCUGUUACAUGGUAAUAGCUAGUGUAUAUAGACUCAUUCAAUCUGUUACAUAAUAACAACUAGUGUAUACACCCAUUCAAGGCCUAUGACUUAGUAAUACACACUAUAAACUCUACAUACAUGCUUUCUCCUUGGUCCUCCACACAGUCUCUCACCUAUCCCAUGCUUUUCUCUGUCUGUGCAGGCAAGGUGAGCAUUCUGGAGGAUGCUGCUCUGGACUCAUUCCGCUCUGAGAUUGGUAAGCCUGUCGCCGGGGACGACGGUGACCCCAAACUGCGCCUGAUGGCCCAUGACAUCUACAAGGAGCUCCGUCUCCGCGGUUAUGACUACGGCAAGACCUUCCAGGGCAUCCUGGAGUCCAACAAUGCAGGUGUGUGUGUGUCUGAGAAAAAGUUAAGACCUUGUGAACCUCCUUUAUGAAAUAGUGUACUUACUACUGGUUGGCAACUAAGGUGGCUAGUUUGUUGUAGAUUGUACUAGAAGUUAUUUUCCUCAGUCAUUGGUUGACUGGUUUCCCACUGACCCUGCUCUAUCCCUGUCUCUGGCUGUAGGUGACAGUGGGAAGCUGCAGUGGACCGGUAACUGGGUGACCUUCCUGGACACCAUGCUGCAGAUGAUCGUGGUUGGCCUAUCAGGACGCAGCCUUCGACUGCCAACGCGGAUCCGCUCUGUGUGUGUCGACCCCACCAUCCACCAGGAGAGGGUCACUGAAUACGCAGAGGGAAAGAAAGGUAUUGAAAUAAAACAUGUACACAGGCCCACCACAAACACACACACUUGACACAAUAUUAAGGAUGCCGAUUGUUUUUCUUUGACUGUUUUUCUACCUUCUCUCCAUCACCUAGCCGUGGACGUCCAUGUCAACCGUUGCCUUGACAACAUCAUGGCGGGCGGAAUUCAGAUCUGUGGUCUCCACGCCACGGUAGCACCGCGUCGCCAACAACAACAGAGCCCGCCCACCCUGGAGGAGUUUUUGUUUGUGCCCUACCUAGAGACAGAAUGCCUGUCAGCCAAUGAGAAGAUGGUAGACCAGCUCAAGAACUGCAAAGGUUAGAGUUCAUGUUUCAGUUGGCUACCUUUAUCAUCCAAACAGUGGAAAGUCAUUUUGCUUUCAGAUUCAGUGUUUAAAAUCACAGUUAACAUUUUUCAACACAUAAAAAAAAAAAUACGUACACACAACGUAACAUAAUGUCAACCGAAAAGUUGCAAAUCUGAUGUCGAAGAAAGGCAGAUCAUACUUCACAUUUUGUUAGUCUAAAAAGGCCAUAGUACUAAAUUGAUUACCCUCUGUGUCUGACCCUUGGUUCAUGCAUCUCUCCAGGUCUGAUCCACAAGCUGCAGAAGAAGCUGGCUCCUCAGGGCGUCAAGCUCUCCAUCCCUGGUCUAGAGGGGGUGUCUGACCCUACUGUCCCCAGCCCUGAGCCCGCUGAGCCUGGCUUGCUGCGGCUGCUGUCCCUUCUGUGUGGUCUGGAGCUGAACGGUAACCUGCGGUCAGAGCUGGAGCAGACUGUUGAGAAGGAGAGGGGUUGUCUCCUCCAGGACCCCUUGCUACAUGGCUUACUGGACGGCCCAGCCCUCAGACACUGUUUGGACACAGCCCUGGAGAACACUACCCCCGGGAAGAUCAAAGUCCUGGAGGUGAGAACAAAGACGUGAUACAGCAGUGGUCACGAGCGCUCUCUCACUCGCCUUCCUCUCUAACCCCUGCUCUGUCUCGCCCCACCUUAGGCCCUCUCCAGCGACGGCCAUCUCUUCUCCCGUGCCGUGCCCCUCCUUAACAUCCAGCCCAUGCUCCGCCUUGACUACGUCGCCACGGCUACGACCCUCGACCUCCUGACCCCCCACCAGACCACCCUGGAUGCGCUGGGGGUCACCUCAGCCCAGUGGGACCCCCAGCAGGGCCCUGUGCCUGGGGGAGCGGUCGGUGGGGCCGACCUGGUGGUGUGUAACCACACCUGGGGUCCCCUGGGGGCUGGGGCUGAGGUGGUGGUGGGGAACCUGGCCUCGGGGGCCAAGGAGGGGGGCUUUGUGAUGCUCCACACCCUGCUGAAGGGAGAGACGCUGGGGGAGAUGGUGGCCUUCCUCACCUACAAGGACAGUCAGAACAACCAGCAGGGACUGCUCUCCCAGGUCAGUUACACUGCAGUCGAAAACUGAUACCCAGAUCAAUCCAUAGCCCCCAGCUACCCUUCAGAUAUUAAAGCAGGACCACACAUUACUCUAUUAGCAUCAGUCAGUAUUUAGUGAGUGAGUGAGGAUACAUAAACUGGUCAUACAUAUAGUCUCAUUUGUGACAGUUUUCUCAGUGAUUACCUAUUAUAUGAUGUCUAAUCCUGUAAUUGUUCUCUUCUCUAGGCUGACUGGGAGAAAGUCUUCUCUGAUGCGUCUCUCAACUUGGUGGCUGUCAGGAAGUCAUUUUAUGGCUCAGCCCUAUUCCUGUGUUGCCGUCGGUUACCCAGCAAACUGCCCAUCUUCUUGCCUGUGGACAGCAUGGACUACCAGUGGGUGGACACACUCAAGGUGAGGGAAACAUCUGUGUGUCUCUGUGUUAAUAACUCCUUAAGUGCUUAUAAGCCUUUAUAACUCUAUGUCGCUCCCCCCCAGGAGACGCUGGCUGAGCCCUCAGACUCUCCGGUCUGGCUGACUGCUACCCAGGGCCACUCUGGGGUGGUGGGCAUGGUCAACUGUCUACGCCAGGAGCCUGGGGGCAGCCGCAUACGGUGAGACUAUAGCCUGGUCUUAAAAUAAACCUUGCCUCUUCCCAUAGACACUGAUCUGAAAGGAUUGGAUUGGUAUUAGCAGUAUGUACGUCUUAAAAGUACAGAGUUAUAUAUAUUAUAAAGGUAAAAGCUCCAUCUUGCUCUCGGAUAGGCUGUGAAUCAUACAGUGCAGUGAAUCACAGACUAAUGCUGUAUUUCUCUCUCCUCAUCUUUACGCUCUCUCUCCAGGUGUGCAUUUGUGUCCAACAUGUGUGAGUCUUCUGCGGCGCCCACCCUGCAGCCUACCCAUAAUUCCAUGCGGUCUGUGCUGGAGGGAGACCUGUGUAUGAACGUGUUUCGUGAUGGACACUGGGGUGUGUUCAGACACCAGCUCAUCUCUCAGGGUACGAAAUCCACACCACUAUCUCCCCUCUCUCUUGUUCUUGCUCUAGCAAGAUCUCAGAAGUUACACCCAAUGACAUACCUUGAGAGAAAUUUCAAACACUCAGUCAUUGCAUAUGAGCUUGAUGAUAUAAUUGCAAUGAAAACAAAGUGCUUCACUAAUGUCACAGACUAGCCCUAGGCUGAUAAGACUUUGAUCUUGGACAAUAAUGGAUUCCAAAUCUUCUGUUGAUCAUGCUACAAAGCUUAAUACCUCUCUCGCUCUUGCUCUCUCCUCAGGUCUGAGUGAGGAGUUGACAGAGCAGGCGUACGUUAACGUGUUGACCCGCGGUGACCUCUCCUCGCUGCGUUGGAUUGCCUCACCCCUCCGCCAUUUUGUAGCGAGCAGCCCCCACGUGCAGCUGUGUCGCGUCUACUACAGCUCCCUCAACUUCAGAGACAUCAUGCUGGCCACCGGGAAACUGCCACCGGACGCCAUCCCAGGUAAAGAACACACGCGCGCACACACACAGAGACACACACAAAUGCAUACAGACAUCUCCUCUAGGAAACUGCCUCCGAAGCUAUACCAGUAAUGAACACACACACACUCUUCCUAUCUCUCACACACACUCUCUCUCUUUUACACACACACACACACAAUCUUAUUCCCCUGCUUUCCCUCUGUAGGUGACCUGGCCCUGCAGCAGUGCAUGCUGGGUAUGGAGUUCUCGGGUCGUGACCCCAGCGGUCGGCGUGUGAUGGGGCUGCUGCCUGCUAAAGGCCUGGCCACCUGCGUGGACGCGGACACACGCUUCCUCUGGGACGUCCCAGAUGGCUGGUAAAACACUGCGACUACCCCAAAUCACAUCCUGUUCCCUACAUUAUGUAGUGCAUUUGAGUAGGAGUGCUGGUCUACGAUCAGUUUUAGAAGGGGGGACCUGUAGCUCAAUUGGUAGAGCAUGGCGCUUGUAACGCCAGGGUAGUGGGUUCGAUCCCCGGGACCACCCAUACGUAAAAAUGUAUGCACGCAUGACUGUAAGUCGCUUUGGAUAAAAGCGUCUGUAAUGGCUUAUUAUUAUUAUUAUUAUUAUCCUAGAUCAGCAUUCCUAUACUUUGUGAAUAUGGGCCCAGAGCCACAAACGACCUCGUAGGGAGACAAUGUUUUGGGGUCUUGACUAACAGACUACCUGUCCACUGAGGGGUAUACUACAAACCAGGAUCAAUGAGUUAGCCAGCUAACUUUUAUAAACAACCAGAAAUAACUACAGAUUUUCAGAUUCAUUACUAAAGCUAAACUUAGAUAUGUCUGUUUGGUUGUUGAGUCGAUUAGACCAUGCCCAUUUCAAGCGUAUCCUACUAAAAAAAUGUAAAGUUAUUUCAAAAUAUGUCUAAGUUAGCUGGCUAACUCAUUGAUCAUGCUUUAUAGUAUUCCCCUAUGUUGAUGUCUAGCCUUAUGACUUAGUUAUUGUUUUAAGGAACUUAAGUUCUUUCCCUCCCUCUCUAGGACGCUGGAGCAGGCAGCGUCGGUGCCGGUGGUCUACGCCACAGCCUACUAUUCCCUGGUGGUCCGAGGCAGGCUCCGCCCAGGGGAGAGUGUUCUCAUCCACUCAGGGUCAGGGGGCGUCGGCCAGGCUGCCAUCGCCAUCGCACUCAGCCAGCGCUGUAGGGUCUUCACUACUGUUGGUGAGUAGCAGAAUCCUGUAUGUACACAAACACACACUCUGCCUGUUAAUGUCAGAAUUGUCAGUGCAUUUAGCCGUAGAUGUCUCUCUGUAACCCGUGUUUGUGUUCUUUGUCUCAGGUUCAGUAGAGAAGCGUGCCUACCUACAGGAGCGUUUCCCUCAGCUCACCUCUGAGUCCUUCGCCAACUCUAGAGACGCCACCUUCGAACAGCACGUCCUGCUACACACACAAGGAAAAGGUCAGACGCACACAAACUUUAAAUAUCAGCUCCUAUCCAAACUUGCCUCACUCAAACACACGAAACACGUCAACUAUACACACUCAACAUGAUACCACUCAACUCUCUCUCUCAAUUAAACAUGUUCUUGUGCAUCCUGUGUCUGUAGGAGUGGAUAUGGUGUUGAACUCCCUGGCUGAGGAGAAGCUGCAGGCCAGUCUUCGCUGUCUGGCCCGACAUGGACGCUUCCUGGAGAUCGGCAAAUACGACCUGUCCAACAACUCCCCUCUGGGUCAGUACACAGCACUGCAACUGCUCUCCAUUGCAGCCAUUUUGUGCCCGACUCACUGUGCCACUGCAGCUGUUCUAAUGUCUGACAUGAGUCCCUGUUUCCCUCAGGUAUGGCUCUCUUCCUGAAGAACGUGGCUUUCCACGGGAUCCUAUUGGACGCCCUGUUUGAGGAGGGGAACAGGGAGUGGGAGGAGGUGUCCCAGCUGCUGAAGGAGGGCAUUGUGGGAGGUGUAGUCAAACCCCUGAGGACUACGGUGUUUGAGAGAGACCAGGUGGAGGAUGCUUUCAGAUACAUGGCCCAGGGAAAACACAUCGGCAAAGUCCUGCUACAGGUCAGUUACUCAACAACUCCCCCUCUUCCUUAUUCAUUCACUCUUUCUUUUUCUCCCUCACAAAACCACAGCUUUUACUGUCUCCUCAACUCUUUCUUUUAGACCGGUCCAUCACAUUUUCUCGACCUUUUCUCCCUUUUUCUUUAACACUAUACAUACAGACCUUUUAUUACAUUGACCUGUUAUUACAUUAUUAUAACACUGUUAUUACCACGUAUUAUACUCUUGAUACAUGACGGUUUAUUACAAUCCACUCUGUGUGUUGGGUCUGACGUGGUGGCAGGUAGCCUAGCGGUUAAGAGCGUUGGGCCAGUAACUGAAAGCUUGCUGGUUUGAAUCCCUGAGCCGACUACUUGAAAAAUCUAGGCAAAUCUAGGCAAGGUACUUAACUUCUAAUUGUCUGCUAAAUUACUCAAAUGUAAAUGUCUCUCUCUCUCUCUAGGUGCGUUCAGAGGAGAAGGGUAGUGGUACUCAGGCGGUGGGCUCACCCCUCUCCCUCCCCGCCAUCUGCCGUACCUUCUGCCCCGCUUCCCACUCUUACAUCAUCACCGGGGGACUGGGCGGCUUCGGCUUGGAACUCGCUCAUUGGCUGACGGAGAGAGGCGCCCGCAAACUGGUGCUCACCUCCAGAUCGGGCAUCCGCAACGGUAAGCGACAAGAACUCAGAACUUUUACUUGUACUUGCUGGAUUGUAGCACACCAGCAAAGCCAUUGUGUUCUUACAUUAGCUGCACACUUGUUGUUUGUGACAGUCCAGUCACUUUUGUUAUUGUCGGGUCACGUUGCUAGGUUACCAGGCGAAGCGCGUGCGUGAGUGGCAGGGGAUGGGUGUGCAGGUGCUGGUGUCCACCAGUGAUGUCAGCACCCAGGAGGGGGCGGAGCGACUCAUCAACGAGGCCUGCAGGCUGGGGCCUGUGGGAGGAGUCUUCCACCUCGCCAUGGUAACACCCCCUUACCUGUACACUGUAGCUUUUUGUUUUCAACUGUCCCCCUCUCACCUGUCUCUCUCUCUCACCUGUCUCUCUCUCUCUCACCUGCCUCUCUCGCUCUCUCUCACCUGCCUCUCCCUCUCUCUCUCACCUGCCUCUCCCUCUCUCUCUCACCUGCCUCUCCCUCUCUCUCACUUGUCUCUCUCUCACCUGUCUCUGUCUCACCUGUCUCUCUCGCUCUCUCGAACUUGUGCCUCUCUAACCUGUCUCUCUCACCAGUCCCUGUCUCACCCAUCUUAACCUGUCUCUUUCUCCUGUCUGUGUUUGUACCAGGUGUUGAAGGAUGGCAUGCUGGAGAAUCUGACUCCUCAGCUGUUCCUGGAUGUCAACAAACCCAAAUACAACGGCACCCUCCACCUGGACAAGUAAGACAACACACACAGGCGUGGCAGUUAGCCUAGAGAUCACUCCUCCUGGUACUUCUGUAGUUCUGCUGAGAUUUACCAGUCUUUCCAUAUAAGGAUCUGUCAAUAACCAAUGUUCGGAGGAACAGAAAAUCCAAAAGCAGUGUGAGGUAGUCAAAGGUUUUCCUUUCUCUCUCCCUCUUUCUCAGGGUGACCAGAAAGCUGUGUCCAGACCUUAGCUACUUCGUAGCCUUCUCCUCUGUGAGCUGCGGCCGAGGCAACGCCGGCCAGAGUAACUACGGUUACGCCAAUUCCGCCAUGGAGCGCGUGUGCGAGCAGCGACGCCACGAUGGCCUGCCCGGAUUGGCUGUCCAGUGGGGCGCCAUCGGCGACGUGGGCGUUGUCCUGGAGACCAUGGGCGGUAACGACGUGGUGGUGGGCGGGACUCUCCCGCAGCGCAUCACUUCCUGUCUGGAGGUGCUGGACCGCUUCCUGUGCGAGCGGCGUCCGGUGAUGUCAAGCUUCGUGCUGGCAGAGAGGAGCGUUGUGAAGAGCGAAGGAACAGGACAGAGAGACCUGGUGGAGGCUGUCGCUCAUAUACUGGGUAAGACCCCUCAUCACCCAUACACCUCCAUACAACUAACCCUAUAACAAACCCUAGACAGAGACCUGAGGGGUGUACUACAAAGCAGGAUCAAGGAGUAAGCCAGUUAACUUGCCUAAAUAUUCUGAAAUAACUUUUUAGUUUUUAGACAGAUGAGCUUGAAAUGAGCAUGGUCUAAUUGACUCAACAACAAAAACCCAUUUGUAUGUAAGUCAGCUUAGCUUUCUUAAAGAACCAGAAAAUAAGUAGUUAUUUUCUGGUUGUUUAUCCAAGGUUGCUGGCUAACUCAUAGAUCCUGCUUUGUAGUAUAUCCCUCUAGUGGAGGCUGUGGCUCACAUACUGGGUAAGACUAGAGAAAGAGAGAGAUGUCCCUCAUCACCCAUACACCUCCAUCACCAUGUAACCAGCUAUAGAUUUUUCCUGAAGUUACCCCAUCACAGCUGAUGGGUGGGCUGGUGUUGUGUUUAGAUCAAUAGAUUUGAAGCUGGUUUGGGUGUUUUCAUUCCAUGUGUAACUCCCUGAUUAUUUCUCCCUCUCAUUCUCCCCUGUCCCAUCUAACCUUUUCAGGUGUGCGUGAUGUCAGCAGUCUAAACGCUGACGCCUCAUUGGCUGAUCUGGGUCUGGACUCUCUGAUGGGCGUGGAGGUGCGUCAGACACUGGAGCGCGAUUAUGACAUUGUCAUGGCAAUGAGGGAGAUCCGACAGCUCACCAUCAACAAGCUCCGAGAGCUGGCCAGCCAACCGGCGGGAAUGGCAGGUGUGUGUGUGUGUGUGUGUGUGUGUGUGUACAUAAACACUGUAAGCAAGAAUGACUUUGUAUAGUUAGGAAGCUUGUGUGUGUGUCAUGAACUUAUGUGUACUCUCGCUCUCCCCCCUUUCUUUUUCUUUCCCUCCCUCUCUCCAGAGUCCCAUCAGUCUCCAGUGAAGAAGGGAGGAGUGCAUUCUCUGUUGGAGUCAGACCUCAGUUUGAUGCUGGUCAACCCAGACGGACCCACGGUCUCCCGUCUCAACGAGGUGCAGAGUGCUGAGCGCCCGCUGUUCCUGGUCCACCCUAUAGAGGGCUCCAUCGCUGCCUUCCACACACUCACCGCCAAGCUCAGUGUGCCCUGCUACGGCCUGCAGUGCACUAAAGGUACACACACAGGAACCAAUACACACAGGAACCAAUACACACAGGAACCAAUACACACAGGAACAAACUCCCUCCUCUCACAAUCAUACUGAUACAGUCCCACACUCUCUCUCUCUCAAGUUAAAAACGUUAUCUUAAUGACUGACACUGUCUCUCCCUCCCCCCAUCGCUCUAGCUGCUCCUUUGGACAGUAUACAGUCUCUGGCUACAUACUAUGUGGAGUGUAUACGUCAGGUAAAAAAGAUACUAACAUCAACUUAAUUUGUAUUUAUAUAUUUACAUACAUGAUAGAUAAUUACAGUGAUUUAUAAAUAACUGUCUCUGUGCUUAUGUUUUAUUUGUGUAGGUGCAAUCAGAGGGUCCGUACCGGAUUGCCGGCUACUCCUUUGGGGCCUGCGUGGCGUUUGAGAUGUGUUCUCAGCUGCAGGCCCAGGGUAGAACCGUAGAUUACCUCUUCCUCUUUGACGGAUCACACUCCUACGUCGCCGCUUACACACAGGUGAGAGCUUAUGCAGGCAUAUUGAUACACACACAGACACCGGUGAUACGCGUGUCUGUACAUACUGACACCCACAUACAGAUGAGAGAUUAUGCAGGUAUGCACAUGUACUCUGACACAUACACACAUCCUCGUACUCAGUUCCUUCACAUUGAACUCUACUUCAAAAGAGUCAUUCAACUCAUAAUUAACCGUAGUGUUAUGUGUAGAGUUAACCUAAUGUUUGUAUUCUAUUUGCCUUUCAGAGCUACAAAUCCAAGCUGACCCCUGGUAAAGAGUCUGAGGCAGAGACUGAAGCCCUGUGUGCUUUCAUCCAGCAGUUCACUGGCAUCGAGUACAACAAGGUACAACACUUUACAACAGCAGAUAAUUACAUACUGUACUCACUGGCUAUGGGAUAACAUUAAACUAACAUUAUACUUGAGUCUGGUUCAAUGUAUAAUACUCACAUUUCUUGUUCUGCCUCUUUUACCCCUCCACUCUCUUUCUCUUUCACCCUCUCCUCGCUCUAUCUCUCUCUAGUUGUUGGAGACCCUCCUCCCUCUGUCUGAUCUGAAGGCCCGUGUCAACAUGGCGGUGGACCUCAUCACCUCCAGCCAUAAGAACGUCAGUAAAGACUCCCUGCGAUUCGCUGCCGCCACCUUCUACUACAAACUCAAGGCUGCCGACGGUUACGUCCCGGCAACCAAAUACCACGGCAACGUCACCCUGCUCCGAGCCAAGGCCAGCAGCGACUACGGAGACAACCUGGGGGCUGACUACAAACUUAGCGAGGUGGAUAUACACAAACACGCAUGAACAUGCGCAUGCACACACACUACUAUAAUAACAGGCUUUGUUUCUCUUCAGGUGUGUGAUGGUAAGGCGUCAGUCCAUUAAAAAGCAUGAGCUGGCGCACACCCAAAAUGAUUUAGUGUUGAGGUGCUGACUAACGGGGAAUAAACUGUAAACUAUAAAAACAAAGAGUCGCACACUCCAUGUAUAAACACCCAGUAAUUUAUUGGGUAAACCACCAACGUUUCAGCAUCACUGUGCCUUCUUCAGGGUAAUGUCAUGAAUGCUUGAACCAGGUUAUGUAGACAAAACAGUGCAAUUAGUGCAACCAAAGACAAUAGUGAGGGGUGUGUCAUAAUUUUUAGGUUGAUUAGAAUGAAUUGAGUGAAACUGAUAAGACAAUAAUUUACAGCAUAUUAAAUAUAUUAGGCUAUUGUUAGCAUUAGUAUAAGAUUAGCAUCAACAUACAUUAUUGUUUAAUUUAAUUUCACAGCACGCACACACACUACUAUAAUAACAGGCUUUGUUUCUCUUCAGGUGUGUGAUGGUAAGGUGUCAGUCCACGUCAUCGAGGGUGACCACCGCAGCUUCCUGGAAGGAGAGGGGGUGGAGUCUAUCAGCAGCAUCAUCCACAGCUCAUUGGCCGAGCCACGCAUCAGUGCCCGGGAGGGUUAG